UACGUGUUCAAGGACAACAAUCUUCCACUUUUAUUGAAUAUCAUAUACCAUCUCGUAGCAGCUCGCACAUUGUUGAGUAAACCCCAAGGUGCGGUCGUCAGAUAUACCGUACAGCCUCACAUCAAUCCUGCCAUUGCUGCCAGCAAUGGUCGGCGCAUUCUACCACAGACAUCGUCCGCCAUUCAGACCAUCGAUGCUUAUCGAGCCAUUGGCGCUACUCACUUGGCAUUUGCAACAUUAGCGGCCUUGGCAUUGAAGGAAAGACGGAUAGCUUCUGAACGUCUGGCGCUCGUCGUUUUAUCCGUUACAUCCAUGGGUCAAACUGCGUCCCAUGCUUACGCUUACUGGCGAUCACAGCAACAAUACACACUGAAAGCUUUGCAGGAAAUAGGCGGAUUAGACGCAUGUAUCACCGUCAUCACCGCUAUUGCUCUCAGCAAUACUGUCUCGCGAACAGGUAAACUGCUUUAA